AUGAAUGAAUGCAGUUCAACUUUCUGGACUGAUUCCACAGCCGUACUUCAAAGUAUAAGAAAUUCGAAGAAACGAUUCUCCACAUUUGUUGCUAAUCGUUUAGCAAAAAUUGAUAGAAAUACUGAUGUAUCACAGUGGCGCCAUGUUCCAACGAAGAUGAAUCCAGCUGAUGAUGCUUCGCGUGGUCUUAGAGUUGAUGCAUAUUUAAAGUCAGGACGAUGGAUCAAUGGGCCCGAGUUUUUGCGUCUUUCUGAAGACAAGUGGCCAAAGAUGCCGGACUGUUUUCCUGAUCCACCGUCUGAAUUUUGUCCAAAGCCAGUUCCAGAAAUAAAGUCGGCAUUUGUAAUAAAGGAAGAGUCUUCUGUCAUGGACAGGUUCAUAGGAUUCUUUUCUACAUUCUACCGUUUGAAGAAAGCAACUUGUUGGCUCAUACGAUUCAAGAAAUAUUUGUGUUCUCAUAAGAAGUCAAUAGACAAGCUUACUGAACUGCCAGCAAGACUGACUGUGCAGGAACUGAGCUAUGCUGAAAGAGUUAUUAUUGAAUAUGUUCAAAGACAAAGCUUUCGUGAAGAAAUGAAAUGUAUAUUAAAUGGUAAAUUUAUCAGUAAAGGUGAUUGCUCUCGCCGGAUGUUGAAACUUAAUCCUGUUCUAGAAGAUGGUUUGAUGAAAGUAGGAGGACGCUUGGAAAAUGCACCAAUUAUGCAUUCAUCAAAGCAUCCCAUCAUAUUGCCUCAUAAAUCACAUCUUACGGAUCUAGUCAUCAGGGAUCAUCACAACAAAGUUGGUCAUUCAGGUAUGGGUCAUACAUGGACCUCAUUAAGAGAAAAGUACUGGAUUAUCAAAGGUGGAGUUGCAGUAAGAAGGGUCAUCGGAAAUUGUGUUUCUUGUCGAAAGCGAAAUGCCCGCCCUGGAAAACAAUUUAUGGCAGAUCUACCUUCCUGUCGACUGAAAUCGGAUGAACCAGUGUUCAGUCAUGUUGGUGUUGAUCUAUUUGGACAUUUUCUUGUUCGACAGGGAAGGAGUGAUGUGAAAAGAUGGGGUUGUGUGUUCUCGUGUAUGACAACUCGUGCUGUUCACAUCGAGGUGGUAAAUAGUUUGUCUGCUGAUUCUUUCAUAUGUGCACUCCGACGAUUUAUUGCUCGAAGGGGUCAUUGUACUCAUAUAUAUUCGGACAAUGCUGGUAAUUUUGUAUUGGCAGAGAAAAUACUUGAAAAUUCCUUGAAGAUAUGGAAUGAUUCUCAAAUUCAUGGAUACUUACGUCAAAAGGGGAUAACAUGGCAUAAAUCACCGCCUACAGGUUCAAAUCAUGGAGGUGCAUGGGAACGAAUGAUUCGGUCAAUUCGUCGAAUUUUCAAUGCUGUUACUCAGGGUCAAACUAUGACAGAUGAAGUUUUUAGGACCGCCUUGAUCGAGUGUGAAUCAUGCUUGAACAGUCGUCCAAUAAUUCCUGUAACAUUUGACCCACGGGAUGAAGAGCCUUUAACGCCGAAUCACUUGUUAUUACUUCGGUCAAAUCAAAAUGUGCCUCCUGGAGUUUUUGACAAGAAUGAUUGCUAUGUUAAACGUCGAUGGGCACAAUCUCAAUAUCUCGCAAAUGAAUUUUGGAGAAGAUGGAUUCGAGAGUAUCUGCCUACGAUUAUUGAGCGACACAAGUGGUUUCAGAAAGAGAGAAAUUUCAAGAAAGAAGAUGUUGUCCUGGUGGUAGACGAUUCUCAACCUCGAUCAAGAUGGGCAAUGGGAAGAAUCGUGGAUGUGUAUCCAGACAAGAAGGGACUGAUACGAACAGUGCUUGUUAAAAUUCGUAAUAGCUUGGUAAAGCGUCCCAUCACCAAGCUAGUUCUUGUUGUUGAAGGCACUAAAUGA